CCGGAAGCUGUGUAGUUUAUGGAUAAACGGAAGUUAACAGCAGGAAACCUCUCGCUUAGACGAAUUUAUCUUUGUUUGUAUGAGGCCGAGCCCAGAGUUGGAGGACAGUCAGGGAAGACAGUCAGAUUGAACCACAACAUGUCAUUGUUAAAAUAUCACAUGUCACUGCCUGUGGCGGUGGGUUUCAUGUUGGUGGGCUUUCCAUACUCCAUCUCUCUAGCUGCCCAGUGGAUUUAUGGCUGGCCCAACAAGCCUGGAUAUAAGAAGUACAUGGAAGCUCUAAAACCAAGGCGAAUAUACUGUUUGACCAGAGCUGUGCUGGAAACUCUCAAAUAUGUGCAGUAUGGGAGACUUUACUUUCAGUGGAAGUCAUGGUACAAGAAUGCCGAAAACCGUAAGCAUUAUGAAAAGGGAAUCCCAUUCGGCCGCCGAGAUAACAAGCUGGACUUGUACCACCCUCCAAACGUGGGCAGGUCUAAAGAUGUGGCUGCACCGCUGGUGGUUUUCAUUUAUGGAGGUGCAUGGGGCUCUGGAGACAGAUCCAUUUACUGUUUGCUGGCCAGGCAGAUGGCUGAAGAACUGGGUGCAGCUGUCAUUUGUCCUGAUUACUGCACCUAUCCAAAGGGGAACGUUUUAGGAAUGGUCCAAGAUAUUGCUGACUGCUUGGUUUGGGCCCAAGAGAGUGGACAGAAGUUCAACUUUGACAAAGACAACAUAGUGUUGAUUGGCCAUUCAGCAGGUGCACAUUUGUGUGCACUGACCGCACUGUUUCUCAUUGAUUCAAGAGAGGAGCUUUUCAUAGAGCCCAGCAAGCAGAGGGACGUUACACUGGCGAUAAAAGGAGUUAUUGGUCUGAGUGGUGUAUACGACAUUAUGGACCAUUAUGAGCACGAGCAGAAGCGAGGAGUUGAAUAUAUCUCCACCAUGCACAAAGCCAUGAAUGGAGUGGAGAACUUCCCGUACUACUCACCAACACACAUACUGAAGAAGUUCAACCAGGACAAACUGAACAGAGUGCCUACGUUCGCUUUGCUCCACGGGACCAGUGACAUUAUCGUGCCUGUUGAAUCUUCCACAAAGCUCUCAGAGCUCCUCACCUCGCUGUCCAUAAAGGUUUCACUCUACCUGCUGCCCAGAGUUGACCACACUGAGAUUGUCACCGACCUCAUGGCAUCAGACAGGCACUUCUACCAUCCCAUCUACAGCUGCAUCAAACAGGAGUGCAGAAACCUUUUGGGAACGUGCUGACGUCCCCAUCAGAUCAGAAAAACAUCCAUCCAUCACUGAUAUUUACUGAUUGUGCCAUACACUUUACUGAUUGUGCCAUACGCGUAUUUUGUUUACAGUAUCUGCUCUGAUACCUCAUCUGAAUCAUAUUUAACCUUGAAUUUAAAUUGACUCUCUAAGUUGUGAUUCCAUGAUAAUGAUUUAUACCUUGAACACUUCCAGGAGUUGCAUCUAAUUUUAUUCUAUAUUCUGAAAAAACCUGGACUGCAAUCUGGAUAAUAUCGUUCUAAUAAUAUCUUGUAUAGACGUUCUCCAGAUUGCAGUAAAGUAAAGUAAGUAAACAGGAAGCAAUAACAAUAUUAUGAAAAACAAGUUAAACACACUAAUACAUAGUAAUGAGACAGGAGUCCAGUCAGCGAAUCUGUACCUCAAUUUCUAGGCCAACUACUGACAUUGCAGCACUUUGAUUCAUUAACUUGCAUGUUUUUAUCGAAUGAUUUCUUGAUUCAUUGUAAUGUCGUAUAUUUAAUAACUAUUUAUUUAUCAGACACAGUAAACCCCCCUGAAGGACCUGAAA